AUGAGCGGAUCUUCGAUCCAGGCGGGGACGAUAUGCUUCGAGCAGGAACAGCAAACCCGGUGGAGCAGAGGAGUAUUCUUCGGCGAGAGCCCUUUCUCCUCCACCACCCCUCUCCUGCUCGGCCAGGCCUCUCUCUGCGCCCUCACCGCCGCCGUCUUGAACCGCUUCCUUGCCCCCCUCGGCCAGAGCGCUUUCAUUUCCCAGAUACUCGCCGGGGUACUAUUGGGACCAACUUUUUUCGGGAGCAACCCAGCACUCAGAGAGCUUUUCCCGGUCUCAAGCUUCUACAUAGUCGACACAUUCGCCUACUUCGGCGUGAUGUUUUUCCUAUUUAUCAUUGGCGUGAAAACCGACUUGAGCCUCGUACAGAAGUCGGGAAAAAAAGCAGUUGCUAUUGGUGUCUGCACAUUUGUUGUGCCCUUAUUGCUCAACUCCAUGGUUGGCAAGCUCAUAUCAAAUUCUGUGCCCAUGGAGCCUAGUCUUCACAGAUCGAUCGUAUGGGUUGCGUCAUUUCAGGCUGUGACCUCGUUCCACGUCAUUGUUUGCCUGCUAGCCGACCUCAAGCUAAUGAACUCUGACCUCGGACGGCUGGCCAUACCCUCGUCCAUGAUCGGCAGCCUCUGCAGCUUGUUCUGGACGGUCGUUGUCUUCACUGGAAAGCAGAGCGUGCAUGGAAAAGAGCACACGCCUGCACUGUUGCUCACAUUUCUGGCAAUUUUGGUUCUUUUUUCAGUGUGCAUUUUCCGCCCCAUAGUUCGGGGGAUUGCCAAGAGCUGCAGCUCGAAAUCCGUCGGGGAGAACCACGUGAUCAUCAUUUUCAUCCUUGUGUUGGGGUCCGCGAUUUACGGCGAGUAUUUCGGGCAGCAUUUUAUAUUGGGGCCAAUUAUUAUGGGCAUGGUGAUACCCGAUGGGCCUCCUUUAGGUUCGGCAUUGGUCGACAAGCUCGAGCUGUUCAUUUCCUCCAUCGUUUUGCCUAUUUUUUUCGUCGUUAGUACUGCAAGAAUCGAUUUCUCAUCGAUAUCAUUCAGGAGCUUCGCAAUAGUCGAGUGCCUUGCACUUUUCUCGUUACUCUGGAAAAUAGCCGGAGUCAUGCUGACGUUACUGUUUUGGAAAAUGCCGAUGAGAGAUGCAGCCUACCUCGCCAUAAUACUGAGCAACCAAGGCAUCGUGGAAGUUCUCAUGUUGGAACGUGCGAAAUCUAUAGACCUGAUAGACGGAGAAUCGUACAGCAUCAUGGUCCUGUCGAUCUCCAUCUUCACAGGAAUCCUAGCCCCGAUCGUGAAGUUCUCUUACAAACCGUCUAAACAUUACGCUAUCGGGGAUUGGAUGACCAUCCAGCACGCAGACCCCACCAUUGAGCUCCGUAUUCUCGCGUGCCUUUACUACUCGGACCACACCCCAGCCAUCAUCAACCUCUUCGAGGCUUCGUACCCUCACCCUCAGGCACCUAUCUGCUUCUACGUGGUCCACCUGGUCGAGCUCGCAGGCCGUAGCGCCCCGGACCUCGUGGCCCACCACCCAGGAGCCACCUCCCGCGGCCACCUGUUCUCUUCCGGCGAGUCGGACCACAUCAUCAACGCCCUCCGGUUUUUUGAGCACGAGAAUCGAGGCCACGCGACCGUCUACCCUUUCACCUCCAUCUCCCCCUUCGCCUCCAUGCACCACGACGUAUGCCACCUGGCGGCCGACCGCCGAGCCUCCCUCAUCAUCGUCCUUUUCCACCGCCACCCGUUGGUCCACGUCUCGGACGAGGAGGCCGGAUCCCUCCGAGCCGUGAACCAGAACAUAAUCCGCGAGUCCCCCUGCUCGGUCGGGAUCCUCGUCGACCGAGGGGCCAGCGGCGGCACGGCACUUCGUGGGCCCGAGUUGUUUCGAGUCGGGGUCCUUUUUAUUGGAGGAGCAGAUGAUAGGGAAGCCCUGUCUUAUGCGAGACGGAUGGCUAAACACCCGAACAUCCACCUCACGCUCGUUCGGUUCGUGGCAAACGGAUCGUACGAGUGCCGGCCGGACGAGGAGUUGGUGGGGAAGUUCCAGGACGGGGUGGAGCAGAUGCAGGUGCAGAGCAGGCGGUGGUUCUACCGAGAGGAGGAGGUGGGGGAUAGUAUGGGGGUUGUAGGGGUGGUUCGGGGGAUGAAGGGGUGUUUCGACUUGAUGGUGGUCGGGAGGCGGCACGGGGAGGAGUCGGCUCUGCUGGCAGGGCUGCGAGGAUGGAACGAGUAUCCGGAGCUUGGGGUGGUAGGGGACAUGUUGUACUCUGUUAACGGCAACAGCAAAGUUUCGUUACUGGUGGUGCAGCAGGCUUUGUCGGGAGAGGAGAGUAUAAGGUUAGGAGGUAUGAGUAUGAGUGUUAGGGAAGGAGGGAUGAGUAUCGGUCGGGAGGAGCCUGCGGAGGCGGAGGCGGUGAUGGAUAUGCCGACGCGGUUGAGCGAUAGGAGAGUGUGGCCGGCGCCGACGGGGAAUCAGUUAGUGUAG